UAUUCAUAACCAUUUCACAAUCACUUCCAGUAAGGUAGCUAUUAGAACCAUUACAUUCUUCUCUAGAAUGACGUACGUCAUAUAGAAAAUAUAUGAAUAACAUUGAAAGGCAUAACACAACUGCUAUGUGGAGAAAUGUUUUUUACAGUAUAUGCUGUCCAUGCCAUGCAAGCCUCCUACUACUGAUGCAGUCUUGGAAAAUAUUGCCUCUAAUCUCUGCCGUGGUCAUGAAUGAAUGAUUCUACGCAUGAAAUCAGAAUUGUUCAGUACAGGGUUUCUACCAUCUGCCCCAGAGGCAGUAUGUUCUGAUGCAUCUGAAAGACGAUGAACUCAGCAUCUCAUUAAGUGGACUGAGGAUCGGGAAGAUCACACAGGGAGAGUUUAAACAAUGCGCGGAUGGUGUGCCUUUGUUUGGUUUCGGGCUAUAUCAAAUACAAUUACGACCGUGCCGCUCUGUCCCAUGCUAAUGAAGCCCGCGCUGAAUAAACGGAUGAAUAAAUAAUGGCCCAGGAAAUGCGUUUGAGGCUCGAAUGUGCUGCCAGUGUCUUCACAGAGUCUAGGGUACGUGUUUCUGCUUGUAUGUUUGGAAGAAAUGACAAGGCUAGAUCAGCACGGCAGCUGACAUCAAAGCAGACAGAUAAUAGAGAUUCUCCGUGUUACAUAUUUUCUCCUCCUUGAGGGCUCUGUGUAAGGUUAUGGUACCUUAGACAGGGACAGAGAGAGAGGUGAAGAGGGAGGGAGCCGUGGGUUAGAGAUACAGACAGAGAGAAUACAAGGCAGCCAGUCAGAGAGAGCAUACAAACAGGAGAACGAGCACACGCAAGCAAGGGGGGGGGGGAGAGAGACAGAGAGAGCAUAGGCAGCUGCACAGAGGUGGGUCUGAGGCAGAAAGAGCGGGAGAGCGACAGAUAGAAAAGGGACACGGAGCAAGAGAAGCAAGAAGAGAGGGCGAACGAGCAGCAGAUAAAGAGAAGUGAGGGAGCAUAGAUGCAGCCGCCUCGAUUCCAUGAUGCCUGAGUGACGGCACUGGGAGAAGUAGCAGUAGAGCUGACAGCCAGGAUCAGGCUGCCAGUCACACACACUCGGAGAGGCUGGAGUCUAGCUGACUGAGCCGGCUGUGCGUUCAGACGAUGGAUGGAUGGAUGGAUGGAUCGCCACUGUCGUCCUACGCUCUGCCUCAGCCCUCCCCAGAACAGUGAGGCCUCUUAGCACCGGGAGAUAUGAGCUCCAAACACUCUUCGGACUGGAUCCCUUACAGCACCUUGGAUGAUGAGGGCAGCAACCUGCGCCAGCAGAAGCUGGAUAGGCAGCGAGCUCUCCUGGAGCAGAAGCAGAAGAAGAAACGGCAGGAGCCACUGAUGGUGCAGUCAAAUCUGGAGGGGCGCUCACGGACCAGGAGGACCAGGCAGUCUGAGGAGCAGGCUCCGCUUGUAGAGUCCUACCUAAGCAGCAACAGCAGCACCAUCUAUCAUGUACAAGAAGCCGAGCAGGAGGAGGUCAAGGCUGUAGCAGAGGUUCAGGCUCCUCGCUCGGCUAAAAAAACCAAGCCUCCCACAUCAACCCCGCAGACGGGCAGCGCCAAGAAGGAGAAAAAGGGCAAGCACAAAGGGAUUGAUGGCCCAGCUGCCUUCCAGGAUGAAAGCCAGGACCUGGGCAGCCAGAUUCAGAUCCUAACGGUGGGCCACUCUCCUGCCCAGGAGGGUGAGGCUGAGGGCCAGGGCCAGGGGCAGGGCCAGGUUGAGGCGGUCAGCAGCAUGCAAGCCCAGGGCAAGCAGGACCUCCGGGUCACCAUGCUGAAGAAAGGAAUCUCCAGUAGCAUGAAUUUUGAUGAAGAAGAGGAUGACGAAGAUGAAGUCAGCUCGAGUUCCUCUCAACUCAACAGCAACACCAGACCAGGCUCCGCCACCAGCAAAAAGUCCAGUAAGGAGGCUGCCUCCGCUUCUACUCCUGUGGCCAAUGAGCCACCCAUUGAUGUGGGUGAUCUGGAGGAGUUCACUCUGAGGCCAGCCCCACAGGGUGUGACGAUCAAAUGCAGGAUCACGCGGGAUAAGAAGGGCAUGGACAGGGGCAUGUACCCCACCUACUACCUCCAUCUCGAAAGGGAAGACGGUAAAAAGGUGUUCCUUUUAGCCGGGAGAAAGAGAAAGAAGAGCAAAACAUCUAAUUACCUCAUCUCCAUCGAUCCCACUGACCUGUCUAGAGGUGGCGAGAGCUUCAUUGGGAAACUAAGAUCAAACCUCAUGGGGACCAAGUUUACAGUGUAUGACAAUGGAACGAACCCAGUGAAGACCACCUCUAGCCUGGAGGCCAGCAACCUGCGUCAGGAGCUGGCAGCUAUCUGCUAUGAGACCAACGUUUUAGGCUUCAAAGGACCUCGUAAGAUGAGCGUCAUCAUUCCUGGAAUGAACAUGGAUCACGAAAGGGUCUGCAUUAGACCACGAAAUGAGCACGAAUCUCUGCUGGCCCGCUGGCAGAACAAGAGCACAGAGAGUGUGAUCGAGCUGCACAACAAGACGCCGGUGUGGAACGACGAUACCCAGUCAUACGUCCUCAACUUUCAUGGCAGGGUCACCCAAGCCUCUGUCAAGAAUUUCCAGAUCAUUCACGACAAUGACCCGGAUUACAUCGUGAUGCAGUUCGGUCGAGUGGCUGAGGACGUCUUCACUAUGGACUUCAACUAUCCCAUGUGUGCUCUGCAGGCCUUUGCUAUUGCUCUGUCCAGCUUUGACAGCAAGCUGGCCUGUGAGUAGCAGCCAGCCUGUGUGCUCAGAAGCCCGGGUAAAAGACCCAGCGAAGAUCACUGGACAACCAAAUCACCCAACAAGGGCUGUAGUGACUCCCUGUCUCAAAUCUCCUUCUGGGAGCUCAUGACCUGCCUAGACGGUGUGUUGUAUGUAUGUGCGAUGUUCUGUCUGCUCUCCAAAUAAAGGGAUCACCAUCCACAGGUGGGGGGGGCACAAAGACUAAACCACUGUUACUUGUUUUUAACAGAUUACUGUGUCAAUGAGGUUUUACACAUGCAUUUGUAUUGGCAAUGAGAUCUUUCCAUUGCCUUAAUCUGAAGUACGGCAAUUUGCUCAUUAACACUAACAUGUUCCACGUUCCACGUUAAAAGGUUUGUUGGGAAUUUCUUUAAUCUUUUCACAACAGUAACCUUCCUUACAAAGUCUAACAACAUCACUUUUAACAAUAUUUUAAAGUCACUCCACACAGCAGCCUAACAGUAACUACCAGUACUUAUUUUCAUUUUGAAUAUUUAUAUGUUGAUGUUUUCCUUAUUAUACUGAUUUUUGUAAAGUGAUAUUGAAUGGCACACAGUGUCACAUUUGGCUUAGCAUCAGAUGUGUGGAAGCCAUCUGUUUAUGACUAAUGUCAGACCUGCAAUGUAUCAGUUAUACAUGCUUCACGAGGGCUCCAUGAUUUUUAACGUUAAUAAUUUUAUGUAUUUAUGUUUUUAUUUAUCUAUUUAUGGAUCACCAUGCCACAUGCUGUUUUAAUUUUAUUCAGUGCCCAUUGGAUAUAGCUUGUAGCACCCCAAGCACAAAACUGGCCAUUCCAUUUCACUUAGGGAAUGAAAUAAUGUUUUUUUUUUUUUAUUACACAUGAACAUAAUGCUCUGCAUCAUCUAGUAGAGUGCAUUAUCAUCUCAAGCAUACUGACCCACUACUAUAUGGUAGGGGAAUGUACUGAAUGGUGCACUUUAUCCAGAGUUUUAUGGUAGGAAGCUGUAAAUAUUGUGCCUUUGGGG